AUGGCCGAGCCCAUCCGUGGAAAGCGUGCUCAGGACGCCGUGGCUCCUACGCCUCAGAACACUCCCGCAACCGCCGCUCCUAUUUCUUCUCACGCUCAGCAGCCCGGUGUCGCUAGCAUCAAGGAGGAGGAUUUGGACCGUGCUGCCGCGGCCUCUGUUUUCGCCCAAAACCCCAAGCUUAUCCAGAUGAUUCAGGGUCGCCUCGGCUCCCUCGUGGGCCAAUCUUCUGGCUACAUCGAGUCCCUUCCCGCCCCUGUCCGCCGACGUGUCGCUGGUCUCAAGGGCAUCCAGAAGGACCACUCCAAGCUCGAGGCCGAGUUCCAGGAGGAGGUUCUCCAGCUUGAGAAGAAGUACUUCGCCAAGUUCUCUCCUCUCUACGAGAAGCGUUCCGCCAUCAUCAACGGAAAGUCCGAGCCUACUGAGGACGAGAUCAAGGCCGGUGAAGAGGACGACGAGCCCGAGGCUGAGGAUGCCCCCAAGUCUGAGCAAAAGUCCGACGUUCCCGACAAUGUUUCCGGUAUCCCCGAGUUCUGGCUUUCUGCCAUGAAGAACCAGAUCUCUCUCGCGGAGAUGAUCACUGACCGUGAUGAGGCCGCUCUCAAGCACCUCACCGACAUCCGCAUGGAGUACCUUGACAAGCCUGGUUUCCGUCUCAUCUUCGAGUUCGCUCCCAACGACUUCUUCAAGAACACCACCAUCACCAAGACAUACUACUACCAGAAUGAGAGCGGCUACGGCGGUGACUUCAUCUACGACCACGCUGAGGGUGAUAAGAUUGAGUGGCUACCCGGCAAGGACUUGACUGUCCGUGUCGAGAGCAAGAAGCAGCGCAACAAGAACACCAAGCAGACCCGAAUUGUCAAGAAGACCGUUCCCACUGAGUCUUUCUUCAACUUCUUCUCGCCACCCAAGGCUCCCACCGAUGACGACGACGAGGAUGCCGAGUCCGAUAUCGAGGAGCGCCUCGAGCUCGACUACCAGCUCGGUGAGGACAUCAAGGAGAAGCUCAUUCCCCGUGCCAUCGACUGGUUCACCGGUGAGGCUCUCGCUUUCGAGGAGAUCUCUGACGAUGACCUCGACGGUGCCGAUUUCGACGAUGACGAUGAUGAGGACGAGGAUGAUUUGAGCGAGGAGAACGAUGACGAGGAGGAGUCUGACGACGAUGAUGAGUCUGGCAAGCCUAAGCAGGAAGCCGCCGAGUGCAAACAGAGCUGA